AUGUCACCAGCAUCGGAUAUCUAUGAUCAUUUGAAGAACAAUGUGCAUCAACAACCAAGACAAAUAAUGAGAAGUAAUUCUAGUAAGUUAUAUGUAUCGAGUCCAAAAUCUAAUUGUGAAAAUUUACAUGUGUUAACAAAACGAAAAUGUAUUCCAUUUGAUGAAUAUGAACAAUCAAAACGUCGAAAUACAAUCACAAAUAGAUCUACUCCAGACACCAUUAUACAUUGUUCAGUAAGUAAUCAAACGUAUGAAAAGCCAAUAAUAGGAAAAUCUUUAACAAGUCAAAAUAUUUCUACAAGUCAACAAACAAAUCCUAACUCCUAUCGAAUACCAGCAACAUUAUCGAAUUCAGAAAUAAAAUCAAUGGAUUUUCGACCAUUAAUUAUCAAUGGACGUCGAAAAUUAGGUGGAAUGCCAUCAUCAUCAAUGAUUAUUAUUAAAAAAAAAUCACCACCUCCUAUGAAUAGUACCUCAUUCAAUCAGAAACCAUUAAAUCGUUCGAUUCCAGUUGAUAUUAUAAAUAGCGAUAUGGCAAUGGUUAUUAGUUCUACGAUACCAUCAUCAUUAUCAUAUUCUUCCUCAUAUUCUUCUUCGUCUUCAGCUUCUGCAUCUUCAGUAAAUGUCGGAACCGUUUUCUUACCAAUCCAAGUAACAAAGAGUCAAAACGGCAACAACAACAACAAUAACAACAAUGAUAGUAUUAAAUAUAGCACCAUUACUUCAACAAAAGAAGGUCAAAGAGGUUAUCGUUAUGUUCAAAAACAAUCUGAACAACAAAAACCAUUUGCAUGUUUAAGAAAAGGAAAUAAAAUUCUAUUGAAUGUUGAUGUUGAUGAAUCAACAAAAAUUCCUUCUUCAUCUUCCAUUCCUGGAGAAGGUAAUAAUAAUAAAUCAACUAUUAUGAUGGAUUCAAAUGUUCUUCGUUUAAUUCGUCGUUAUGAUCCAGUAGGUUCAAAUAUUACUGGUAUUCAAGCACGUCGUUCACUUGAAAAUACACGAGGUGUAUGGAGUACGGUUGCUUCAAAAACACCCGAUUCUUCUCCAUUUUUAUCACGUCGAUCAUUAACUACAACAUAUGAAGAUGAAAUACCUCAAAGACAAUCGUCUAUACCGCGUCUUCAACGUCAACAAGCAAUAAAUGAACCUGAACCAAUACCAUCAGCAUCGAUAAAUAAUUCCCUACGACCAAUACUUAAAUAUAAUACAUCAAAAUCACGUUCAGAAUUUAUUGUUCAACCUCAUCAAACAGAACCAUUAACAAUUGAAAUUGAACCACAUAUUCCAUUAAUAAAUGAAAAUACAUCCACUAAUUAUCAACCAUUAAUUACAAUUGGAACAAAACGUGUAUGUUCAGCAUUAAGUAAAUCUGAAUGGGAUUUACGUUUACAACAAGAACAAACCCCUGUUCGUUCACCUUCACCAUCAUCAAUUGUUAAUAAUCAACAACAAGAAAAAGAAUUUCAUCGAAUAACACUUGGUCGAAGUAAAAGUUCAAUGGGAAUUAAUAGUACAAAUAAUGAAGAAGACGAUAAUAUUGAUGAUGUUGAUGAAAAUUCAGCACCAAUUAUUAAUACUGGUUCAUGUGUACAAAAAUUAAAACAAUUAUUUGCUACAAAAUCAUCACUUGAUUUAACUAAUAAUUCGUCUAUAAAUAAUAGUCAUCGACAUGAUUCAAUCGAUUCAAAUCUUAGUCAACGUUUAAAUUUUAAUAAUAAAACUAAUUUAACAUCAUCAUCUGUUCAACAUUCUCCUCCAAUAUUAAAUUCAAUUGAAUCUCAACAACAAAUAAUAAAUAAACCAACAACUAUUGUUCAAGAUGUUACACCAACGUCACCAUUUAUUAAUAAAAAACCAAUACUCAAAAGUCAAAAAACAAUUGAUAGUCCAGAAUUGGGUAGUCGUCCGAACAAUAGCAGUUUAAUGCCUUCAUCAGAACUUUCACAUGAUGCUUAUUGUUUUCGCCGUUUAAAUGAUCAUGAUUCAACAACAAUACGUCCAAGAAAUGUCGCAAAAGUCGAACCUUAUUCAAUAAAUACAAAUACAGUGCGUCCACUAUAUCAAUCAACAUCACAACCAAUGACAAUGACAACGACAACGACAACAACAGCACCAGCAGCAAUAACAACAACAACAGCAACAGUAGCAGUACCAUUAAAAGCACGUAUUAAUUUUGAUAGCAUGGGAAAUACACCAACGAACUCAUCAACAUCCUCAUCGGCAGGUUCCCUUGGUGGCAUGAUUCGUCAUCCUAAUGUUCAUCAUUCAGAUUUUCUUACGCCUAAUCCUGCAUAUCCAACACUUUCUUCUCAACCUCUAUCUAAUUCUGCUUCAUAUAUAACACCCCGAAUGUUAUUAUCUGAAUCGCUUUCGCACGGUUCAUUGCAUCAAUUACCAUCUGCUAAUAUUCCAUCAUAUAAUGGACGUACUACUGGUUUGACUUCAUCAACAAAUAAUUUUCAACAAAAAUAUCCAUCACCUACGCAGGGAGAAUUUCAUUCUAGCAUGCACACAUUUUCGCCCAUAUUAGGUCAUGAUAAUUAUGUUCCAUCAACUUCCUAUCAUUAUCGACCUGCAUUAACAACCGUAAUCAAUGAUUAUCAACAACAAAGAGAAAAACCAAACCGUUCAGGCAUUAUUGAGCAAGAACAACAACAAUUACAAGAUGACUUAAUAAAUAGUGGACAACAACAACCAUCUCGUCGUCGUUUUCAAAAACGUAAACAAAUGAAACGUUCGAAAAGUGUUGAUUUAUAUCAAGAACCAUCAUCAUUUAUGUCUCCAACAAUACAUAAUGACUUGAAUAAAUCUUAUCGACAACAAAAAUCAACAAGUAGAGAAUAUUUAGGUGGAAAAGAAAAUUUAUCAUCGCCAUCAUCAUCUUCAUCGUCAUCAACAGCUGAUAUUGAACGUGUUAAUCGAGCUGCUUUACUUCGAUAUAAAUCUCUUGACUCAAUAACGUUUAAUAAUCGAAAACCAAAUUUAAAUGGAAGAAAUAAAAACACAAUUAAUAAUAAUAAUAGCAAUCGAAGAAUUGUAUCUAAACCAGCAGAAUUUGAUUUUGAUAGUGAUGAUUCUGUUUGUGGGAUACCAAAACCAAGAAAGCUCUGUACAAGCUCAAGAAACGUAGCUAAAUCGGAUGGAAAAUUGCCUGAGUUGUCAUCACCCGAAAGAGAUGCACGUAACAAUACACGAGCUAUAUCAGUACAUAAUAUUGGUAAUGAUGGUACAUGUACAGGUAUUACUAAUUCUGUUCGUAAGAAUGAAACAAUUAAUGAUCAAACAUAUGCAAUGGUUGAUGCAACUCCUUCUAUAACAAAACCAAAGACUAUAUCAAUAAAUGAAAAAAAAGAAGGAGAAGAUAUCAUACAACAACAACAUCACCAACAACAACCACCACCACCACCAUCAGGAAUAUCUCUUGCUGAAUCUCAAUUUUAUGCACGAUCUUCAGGUACACCACUUACAAAACGACAUGAUUUUAUUGAUGAAAAAGUUAACGAAGUUUAUUCAUCACCACUUGCUGAUGAUACAUUUCACGAUGCUAUCAAUGAUCUUAAUAUAAAUAAAGAUCAAGUGAUGAAUGAAAAAGUUAUACCAACCGAUUCAAUAGAAGAAGAAAAAGUCGUACAAAAUCAAGAAUUAUUUAUCAAUGAACCAGUUAAUAUUGAUUCAUCAUCAUUACCUAUAAUAAAAAUACGACCAUUAUCAAAUGUAGUGAUUCUUAAUCCAUUUGAACGUCUUCGUACAAUGAAUGUUCGAAAGGACCAAUAUUCAUCAGAAGAAGUAUCAUUACAAAUAUUUGAUCAACCACCUUUUUUUCCAAAAUUAAUUGAUUUACCACGUGAGAGUCCACCGAAAACAACGAAUUUAAUUCGACCACUUCGAUCAUCAGUUGAACAAAUGUUUGAUCAAUUAAAUGAAAAUAAUGAUUCAUCAGCAUCAUCAUCAACAACAGCAACCACCAAUCGUUCAAUACAUUUACCUGUUGAAAAACAACGUGGUCUCUCUGAAAUAAUCCGAAAACGUAAUAGUCGAUGUAAAGUUGAAGAUUAUAAACGUUCAAUUCAAAAACCUAAUACAUACGAUGAACAACAAUUUAAUCGUUCAUUACCAAUAUCAAAAAGUGAUUAUGAAUUAAUGAUAUCACCUAAUGAUGCAACAUCAUCACCAUUAGAUCUAAAGUCUAAAUAUUUUCAAAAAGCUCAUUCAGUUGAACUACCAAUUGACAUUCAAAAUCAUAAUGAUAAACGAGCUAAAAUGUCUAUUGAACGAUUAAAUUUGUUAUUAUCAAAUGAUGAACAAGUAGAACAAGAAACAAUUUCAAAUGAAAUUGAUGAAAAUAUGACUGUUUCUGAUAAAAGAAAUUUAUUUGAAACAAUUUCAAAAGAUACACAAUUUGGUGGUACUUUACCACGUUCAAAACCAUUCAAAUAUGAAGAUUCUUCACUUGCAUCACCAAUAACAAAAAAAUAUGCUAAUGAAAAACAACGUGCAUAUACAGAAAAUAUUCUUCUCAUGCAUCAAAAUAAUGAAAGUUCAUCAGAUAAGAAGACUGAAAAUGAGACAUUCGAUGAUGAUAUUUCAAAAUUAUCAUUUAAAGAAAAAAUGACUUUAUUUGAUAAAAAGAAACCUAUGGGAUUAGCACCAACAUCAUCAUUAAAAAAUAAUCGAAUUCGACUUACACAGCCUAUUACUGCUGAAGAAGUUCAAGCCGCUGUUAAUUUAACACCAUCAUCAAGUUCACAACAAUUAGAAUCCACAGCUCCUGUGAAUGAUAAAUAUCAUAUGCAUGAUACUUCCCUAUCAUUAUCAGAUGCAUCAUUUUCACUUGGAAAUGAACAGCAUGUUAUAUAUAAAUAUAGAUUAAAUGAUGCAAUUAUGUCAAAUCCAGAAGAAUCAAACAGUAUAAUAUCAGUGAGCAAAAGACUUGAACAAUUAAAAGUAUUCGAUGAAAUAGAACGAAACAAACUUAAUAAAUUAGCAUCAGAAAAUUCAUCAGAAAAACCUUCAACAUUAACCAACGAACAAAAACAAAUUUCAACUAGUACACGUAAAACUCCAACAUUAAAAUAUAAUGCAAAAAAACCUAAUACAGAUAAACAACAUCAUGCUAAAACAGUGGAUAUUGUUCGUCUUAAAGCUGAUUCAAUCGUGAAAGCUAAGGAUUCUAAUCAAAUAGUGUUACCAAUUAAUAAAACCAAUGGUACAACAUUAUCAAAACCUAAUAAAAAUAUUGUUUCUGUAUUAAAAUCUGAUACAAUAUCUGUAUUAAAACCAGAUGAUCAUCUUGAUGAGUUUUUUGCUGAUGCAAGUAAAAACUUAAAUAAUGAAUCAUCAUCUGUUCAAUUGAAUACAGAUGAUUUGAAUCGAAUAGCUGAAAAUACUGUUCGAUUACAAUCACAAGUAUCUCGUGUUCGACCUCCACGUCGUCAACAACAAGGAGCAAAAAACCCACUUCGACAAAUUCAAGCAACAAUACCAACAGAAGAUCAAUAUACAGAAAUACAUACUAAUCUUUCCGAACAAGAAUUACGUCGAUUAAAACGAGCACAAAUUGCUGAAAAUGCUGGUCUUGCUCAAGAAGCUUUAGCAACUUUAACUGCAACAGAAAAUUUUGCUGAAGUAAAUUUACGUAGAAUAGAUCAAUCACCUGUUGCAAAAUUUGGUUUUGAACCAUAUAAAGAAUUAAUGCUUAUUUUAAUAAAAGGACGUCGUCAAUGUUCAUUACGUCUUGUUAAUCCAACAUAUGAAUCAAUCAAUGAAGGUGAUUGUUAUUUAUUAAUAACGCCAUUAAAAGUUUUUGCAUGGUUCGGUCGUUAUGCAAAUGCAGCAGAAAAAGCUAAAACAACAGAUUUAAUUGAUUAUUUAAAACAAAAUCGUGAUUUUGGUUUACGUAAUGAAGUAAAAUAUUUUAUUUUGGAUCAAGCUAAAGAUGAUACAGAAAAUGAUAGUCAUGCAGAAUUUCGUGAUGUUUUACAAGGUGAACACGAUGAUUAUAAAUCAAUAGAUUAUGUAAUCGAUGAUGAUUUUUAUGAAGCGAAUAUAACAGAAUUAAAUCGUGUGUAUCGUGUGGAAAAUGAUUUACUUAUGCCAUUAGAUGAUUUAUGUUUUCGUUCAUUAUCAAUUAAAAUUCUUGAUUCAAAUGAAGUAUUUGUUUUUGAUUUUGGUUCAGAAUUAUAUGUUUGGAAUGGUAAAUAUGCUGAUAAAACAAAACGAAAUAUGGGUUUACAAUUAGCACAACAAUUAUGGAAUGAUUCAUAUGACUUUAGUGAAUGUAUUAUUAAUCCAUUUGAUCCACUUGAUGAUAAAAAUGAACAAACUAGUCAAACAGGUACUAAACGACCAGAAUGGUGUAUAUUUGGAAAACAAAAUCAAAAUGUUGAAACCUUAUUAUUUAAAGGAAAAUUUUAUGAUUGGCCAAGUUAUUUUCAAGAAGUCAAAUCAGUUCUUGAUACAGGAAAUACUAUUAAUAAACCAGCAUCUACACAACGACCACCAUCAAUUGUUGAAACACUCAAACCAGCUGAUGUAUAUAAAAUGCUUGUUAAACAAAAUAAUCCAGUAAAUAUGAUCGUUGAACAAAUAAAUUUAGGUCGAGGAAGAUAUUGGUAUGAUUCUAUUGAAAUGCGUGGUCAUCAUAUUCAAACUAUUGCAUUAAAUGUUUGGCAUGUUAGUGAUAAUGAACGACAUGAAUUAUUAAAAACAAGUUAUGGACAAUUUUAUUCUGAUGAUGUUUAUAUUAUACGAUGGAAAUACAAAUUGAUUGCCAUUGGCAAUAAUAAUACAUUGGAACGAAAGACAGAUAUAAGUCGUGAUCGUAUUGCUUAUUGGAUAUGGCAAGGUAUUAAUGCUAGUCCAAAUGAAAAAGGUCUUUCAGCAUUAAUGACAAUACUUUUUAAUGAAGAAAAAGGACCUCAUAUUCAUGUUAUACAAGAACAUGAAGAAGCAACAUUUUUACAAUUAUUUGAUGGUACAUUAACUGUUCAUAUAGGUAAACGUAAUCAAUUGAAACAAAAUAAAUCACAUUGGCGUUUAUAUGUCUUUCUUGGUGAAAUUGAUGUUGAAACACAUUGGUGGGAAUUAACUGUUAAUAGUGCUAAUUUACGUAGUAGAACAUCAUUUUUAUUAAUUAAUAAUAUGGAAAAUUUAAUGUUACUUUGGCAUGGUUAUGCAACAACUGAUGAACAACAAAUCUUAGCUAGUAAAUCAGCUAUGAAAUUACGUGAAAGAUGUGCGGAAGAAUUUCAUUUUGAUGGUCAAGCGGAAGAUAUUGAAUUUUUUGAAAUGGAAGAAGGUGAUGAAAUAGAACUAUUUUGGGAAGGAAUUAAUGAACGAAAUCAUGAACGAAAAUAUUAUUCAUUAUUAAAUAUUCGCUCAAAUCUAAAACUUUCAUCAACUAUGCGUAUCUUUCAUUUAUCAAGUCUUCAUGGUCCAUUUGUUGCUCAAGAACUUCUUUAUCCACUUCGUUCUCCUGAUCAUAUAUCACCAUUUCCAUUUACACAAUCUGAUUUAUAUGAACUUCAUCAACCAGCUUUAUGUUUAAUUGAUACUGAUACUGAAUUAUAUAUAUGGCAAGGAUGGCAUGAUCAAUCGGAUGAUGAACUUGGUUUACAACUUUUUAAUGCAAAUUUAUUAGCACGUGGUCCAAGAGAUAUUCGUUUUACAACUGAACGUCGUUGUGCUUUUCGUACAGCCGUUGAUUAUUACAAAACAAAAACUGGUUCAUCAACUAUUGAUAUAUCAUGUUCUAUUGUCUAUGCUGGUUUAGAACCAAUUGAUUUUAUUAAUUUAUUUCCUAAAUGGACUGUGAAUAUGAAAGCUCGACAACAAAAUCAAUUGGACGGCAAACAAUUAAAUCAGAAAGAUUCAAUUAUUGAUGUACUGAAUGAAUUAUGUCGUGAGCAAUAUACCAUUGAAGAACUUCGAGCUCGUCCGUUACCAGAAGGUGUUGAUCCAUCAAAAAUUGAAUCUUAUCUUUCCGAUGCAGAUUUUCAUAAAGAAUUUCGUAUGACUAAAAAUGAAUUCUAUGCUUUACCCUAUUGGAAACAAACCAAUAUUAAAAAACCGCUUGGAUUUUUCUAA